UAAAAGUAUACGCGAGAUCCGUUUUAUUUAGAAUAUAUGUGUCUUCACCGAACUACUUAAAUUUUCCAAUUCUUGAAUAACUUUAUGCCCUUGCUCUGGUCUUUUGACAUUAGUUAUUACCUCACACAAUCCUAUGAGCCCCGAAAAUCCCCGGUAUACCUCCAACGAGCAUUCCUGUGGACUCAAAAUCGUACCCUUCAUGAUCCCGCUUCAUGGCCUCAGAGCCCGCCCUACAGCCCGCUUCGCUCACGCACACACCCCUCACCGUGUCUGUGUCACAGCACGUUCCAACCGCGCAAACAUACCCGGGAAGACAUUCGGAGCUUUUCUUACAGCUGGAGAGACUUGAGCAUGUGGUGUCGCCAUCGAGGCAGACGCCACGGCCCUCGGCGACGAUGCCGCAGAUGCAGUUGUCUUCUUCAGGGCCACACUUGCCGAAAGCACCGCAUAGCGAGCGACAGAACUCUCUCGCGCAAAGGCCGUUGGUACACUCGGUGCCUGAGGCACACUAGGUAGGUAUUAGUCCAUACUUGCUAUGUAAAGAAUGGGACGGUCAGGA